AUGUCAGUAUAUUACGAGAAUGCUUCGGCUUUGUUAGCUGCUCUAUUGAGUGAUUAUGACAUACGGCUACGACCCGGUUUCGGAGGUGAUGCUUUGCUAUUGACAUUGGAUAUUACUAUUGAUUCAAUUGAUGCAAUCUCGGAAGUGAAUAUGGACUAUACAAUAACAAUGUAUUUACAUCAAUACUGGCGUGAUGAACGGCUCUCCUGGUCACAACAUUUUCAUAUCAAUGACAUGACUCUUUCCGGGGAUUUUUCCCAGCAUAUUUGGGUACCAGAUACAUUCCUAGCAAAUGACAAGCAAUCAUUUCUACAUGAUGUCACGGAAAAGAAUAAAAUGAUCCGAAUUGAAUAUGAUGGACAAAUUACCUAUGGGAUGAGAUUUACGACAACUCUUGCAUGUCAUAUGAAUUUAAGGAAUUAUCCAUUGGAUAAUCAAAAUUGUACAGUGGAAAUCGAAAGUUAUGGAUAUACAACAUCAGAAGUUCUGAUGCGUUGGAAUCAACCAGAUGCUAUAUUUGGCGUGGAAAAAGUUGAUGUACCACAAUUUCAAAUUCUUGGCUAUCAGACGUUAAAUCGAAUUGUUCGAACUACCACAGGUGCAUAUCAGCGUUUAUCAUUAGCUUUUCAUUUUAAACGAUCUGCUGGGACAACAACAGUGUUAACAAUGACAACAAUUAGUGCUGGAGUAAGACAAUCACUACCACGUAUUAGUUAUGUGAAAAGUAUCGAUGUUUACCUUGUGGUAUGCUUUAUGUUUGUAUUUGCGGCAUUGUUGGAAUAUGCGGCAGUAAAUUAUUCACAUUAUGGUGGUCAAAGUAAGCCUUGUGAAACGGUAAGUAAAUGGACGAAUGAGAGCAAGAAACGUCGUACUGUUAUUGAUAAGAAAGAUGUUAACUUAUAUGGUCAUGUAUCUCACUCCGUGACGGAGAGAAUUGGAAAAAAUCGAAAGAAUGAGUCAGCAAUAUCCAAUGAAAUGCUUUACAAAAAUAUCGUUACUGAUGAUAGCGGUGGAAAACGUUCCCCAUCACCACUAUUAUCAUUAAUGCCCACUAGGGAGAAUAUAGAUUUGAACAUUCCCGAUUAUCCUCGACUCACCACCAAUAAUAAAUUGUGCCAUAAGAAGCGGUAA